AUGGAAGACCAGCUGACACCAAACUCGACUACUGGAUCUGUUCGAGUCCGACCGCGAACAUCACGCGCCUGCAAUGUCUGCAGAGCAAGGAAGGUCAAAUGCGAUGGUAACCUCCCAUGUCGGAAGUGUGCGCAGAGUCGCAUUGACUGCAUCUAUCCUGGUGGUGUCAAGUCGCGUUCGGACGGGACGAAAAGACCCAUUGCACCAAAGCCUACACAACAAAGGAAAGAGCCGUCGGAAGCCGGGACAGAUCAAGCAACACAACCAAAUACACGGACUUAUGACGAUCCGGUCACCAACAAGAAACAGCAAGAGCUAAGGGCUGGAAUUGGUGCCUUCGAUCGUAACACCGAUGCCUACCAAUUCUACGGCCCUUCUUCCCAUUUUUCGUUCGUCCAACGAUUGUAUCAGCGCAUCAGACGUCAGAGUAAUGCGCCAUUGAACGUGCUCCCUCAACUGCCAGAAGGUCUUCGACAAUGGGGUAUCGAGCGUCAAAUCUUCACACACGGUGACGAAAAGUCAUCGCAGAAGAGCACCAUACCGGAUGGUAGUUUCCUUCCAAAAGAGCUAGGUGAAGCUUUCAUUUCAGCUUAUUUCACUCUCAUGCAUCCACAAGGUCCGAUACUGAUUGAAUGCGAGGUUCGUCAGACUUGGAAUGUCAUGUGGACUGGUCCCGGGCUGGCACCAGAACACAGUAAGAAGUUCGCCAAGGAGAAGGCGAUUCUGUACAUGGUUCUUGCCAUUGGUGCGAGACUGACUGACUAUGGAGAUGCUUCGCCUUCAUCUUCAGAUGAAUGGGCUCACCACUUCUACGAACGUGCCGGGGUGCCCACAGACUCUUUCGAAGAGACUUCCCUUCUUGGAACUCACCUUUUGCUGAUGAGGGCUCUAUAUGGAAUGCAAAUCGGAAGACCGAAUAUGGUAUACUUGUAUCUAGGCCAUGCAUCACGAUCAGCCAUGGCAUUGGGUCUUCAUCGCGCCCAAGUGGUGGCAGGAAACAACUCUUUCCUGAACCGCCUCAGGCUGACUUUCUGGACAAUAUUCUACAUGGAGAGGAUGAUGUCAAUGUUCACUGGUAGACCCUCCUGCUUCUUGGACGACUUGAUCGAUGCACCAUAUCCGGACGACUUUCCGCAAUCUGACGAUGGCGGUCAGAAUAUCGAGUUCGCAUAUAUCCGGGCCAUGGCAGUACUGGGCAAGAUCAGUGAGAGAAUCAUGGUCGGAAACUACUCUCCCACCAGAGCGAAGCGAGUGGCCGAUCUCACUGAGGUCAAUCGAGUCAACGGCGAAUGCUCACAAGCUCUUCGGGAUCUUCUCGACACACUGCCAUCAUACCUACAUUUCUUUGACGACAAGACACCGACUGGAGAAGCAUGGCAAGAAGUUCAAAGAUCAUGUCUUGGAGCGACAUAUCAUGUUGCCUGCAUCCUCAUCAACCGACCCGCUCUGGUAUACGUCACAUUCUUCGACUCAAAACAACAAGCGCAAGAAAGCAUAGGCGAUCGCAUCGACAUUCAACGAGACAUCAACCUAACAGUCUCUUCUGCGAAGAAUCUCAUCUCACUGGUCCAUGACAGCUUCUUCAACCGCUGUCCAGCCAUGAGAAGGGAUGGAAACAUGGUUUACUUCAUCGUCUCCGCAUGUCUCGUUCUCCUCUUCGAUGUCCUUGACACGGAAACGACGCCAGCCCACGCUAGGGAAGUCUUCCAAGCAGUCGAAAAGGGACUCAAAUGUCUUGAUCGUAUCGACCAUAUCGGAUCCACAACAGGGCGAGCCAUAAGCCUCGACGUGAUGAAGAUCGCCAAGGACGCUCUGAAAUCCACAGAGCCGACAAGUCAUCUAGGCUCAAAUCUCAUGGAGUCGUUCACCUGGCUUAACAACGAGAUGUUCGAUCAGUCGCCCUAUGACGCUGCUGGUUCUUGGUUGUACAACUCAUUGGAGAUGCCAUCGUUUGACUAUAGCACCGUGGGUAUGACUGAUUUGUUCGCGUCCAACGGGGUAGAUCUUGCGGGGCCUUCGGAUUCGAAUCAGAUGGUGCUGGAUGUUAUGGUUCAAGGGCUGCAAGUCGCAGAUGGUAGUUACAUUCCCUCGCAGUCCGUACCGCAGGGUCUGUUAUAA